CAGACAACAGAAAAUGAACUUGUAUGCCCUUGAAAUGUUGAUUUAAAAUUUAAAAAAAUACUUUGCAUUUACCAUUGAAAAAAUAAUGUUUAUAAAUCAUAAAUUAUUAAUGAAAGAAAAAUAUUCAACAUUCAUACAAGGCUAUUAAAUGGUAUGGUUUAAAUAGGUUGCAAAAAAUGCCAAUGAAAUGCGAGGACAUGAAAUAAUAUCUCUAUCAACGGAUUCUAGUGAAAAUUAUGUCGAAAAUGAUAAGAAAAAUGAAUCGGAUAAGAAAAAAACGUUUUUGCAAGAUGUAAGUGAAGCGAAAUUAAAAUUUAUCGCGGAAGCUUGUUUACAUAUUCUGUCUUGGGGGUAUUAAAAUGUGAUAACCUCUCACUUAUCAGCUUAACCUUUGCACUUAAAAACAUCCUAUUUAUCUACCCCCUACACAUGAACAGUCCAGACGAUCACCAGAUUCCGUAUCGAAAGGUUAUAGUCAGAAAACUUGUUUAUUUUUGUACAUGUAGAUUGCAAAAUUUAACCGUUGCUGAAUCGUAACAAGACGUAAUAGUGGUAUUGCUCAAAAUAUAUUUUUCUAUUUGUUGUUUUGUACAAACGCGUAUUAUAAUGUUUUUCAAAGUUCUAAUUGUCAACAUGUUUUGUCCACACGUAAAUAUGCAGAACGUACUUGUAGAAAAUAAAUUCAGAACUCACCCUAUCUAUUAUUCUGACUACUCCGAUACAAUUCUAUAAACGAAAAUAUAUUUAUUUUCCGCUUUUCCUAUAAUGGAGAAUAAAAGAAAUUAUCCAUUGGUGAAAUCCUUCCUAGCUGGUUCUUUUUCUGGAACAUGUUCCACUAUUCUGUUCCAGCCUUUAGAUUUGGUUAAGACCAGACUUCAAAACCCCACUACUGUAUCCAUAAAUGGCCGUCAUGUCUCAGUUGGGAUGUAUAAUAUUUUUGCUACUAUUCUGCAAGAAGAGCAGAUUAAAGGGCUUUGGAGAGGAAUGACCCCUUCCCUUGCAAGAUGUGUACCUGGUGUAGGCCUCUAUUUUUGCACUAUCGACUUUAUGAAAAGUCACUUUUUCCCAAAUAAAUCUCCUGGUCCGUUGGAGGCAAUAGCUAUGGGUCUAACUGCUAGGAGUUUAAGUGGCGCCAUUUUGAUUCCUAUUACCGUUAUCAAAACUCGGUAUGAAAGUGGUGUAUAUAACUACAGCAGCAUGGGAUCAGCCUUCAAAGAAAUCUACUCGAAAGAAGGUUUCAAAGGGAUGACAUGCGGAUUGCUACCAACAUUAUUCAGAGAUGCACCAUUUUCAGGCCUCUAUCUUAUGUUUUACCUGCAAGCAAAAAAGCUAGUUCCUUCAGAUGUGCUGAACUCGCCAUAUGCUUCUCCAGCUCACUUUACUUGCGGUGUCACUGCAGGCAUUUUGGCCUCGUUUGUAACACAACCAGCUGAUGUGAUAAAAACAAAAAUGCAGUUGUACCCUGAUAAGUUCCGAGGUGUUUGGUCUGCCGUUAUCCAUGUACAUUCCAAGUAUGGGGUUAAGGGAUAUUUCAAAGGUAUAGUUCCUAGAAUGUUGAGACGUACACUUAUGGCAGCAAUGUCGUGGACCAUCUAUGAACGAGUGUCUCUAUCGAUUGGGUUAAAAUAGCAUUAUGUUCCUCUCAUCUAAGGCUGAAACCCUGAUGGAUAAUAUCAUUUGAAAAGGCCGUCUGAAGCCUGACGAAUUCAUGAAUUGUGGCAAGAGUGAGAGUAUUUGCCAGAAGUGGUUUAUGUGCAGAUAGAUGUACUUUUUAAACUGAUUUAUAUAUUUUAUGAGAAUUUACAAUUAUAAUUAUACUAUAUUACUUUAAUUAUUAAUUAAUGUUAUGUUUGAGAAAUUUUGUGAAAUAAAGUAUUGAGUUAU